UUUCAACUUAUAUUUCAAAUGACAGUCGAAAAAUGUUUUGAGGGUAUAUUUAGACACCUGAAGCUGAAAUGUGUCUUCUGUCUUUCACCCAUGCACAUACUAAUCAGGGCACCAACGUUUUAUAAACUUCACUUUAAAAUCCCAAUUAUACACAAUUGCUUUCGGUCAUGCUCAGAUUUAUAUUCUGAGCUCAUUCAAAUUUACACUCGUGAACAAGCAUUACAGCAAGGGAAAAUCUUACAUGCUCACUUGAUUACAUCCGGACUAGCUCAUUCGACUCAUUUUGCCUCGAAGCUUAUCUCUUUAUACGCUGAAACUAAACAGUUAUAUUAUGCUCGUAAACUGUUCGACGAUAUUCCCAAACCAAACAUCCACUGUUGGGUCGUGCUUGUUGGGGCCUACUCUCGACGUGGGUAUUAUCAAGAAGCUUUAGAUGCCUUCUUUGAAAUGCAAAAUGAAGGAUUAAAACCUGACAAAUUUGUUAUUCCAAGUGUGCUCAAAGCUUGUGGUCAUCUGUUCGAUUUACAAAAUGGGAAGACUUUACAUAGCGUGAUUUUGAGAUAUUUAUUUGAUUCUGAUGUUUUUGUAAUCACUGCUUUAAUUGAUAUGUACUGUAGAUGUAGACAAGUUGGAAAAGCGCGGAGAGUUUUUGAUGGAAUGGAAGAGAAAGAUUUGGUGGCAUUAAAUGCUAUGGUUUUAGGAUAUGCUCAAAAUGGAUUGGCAAAGGAAGGAUUUAAUUUAGUUGAGAAAAUGAAAAUUUUUGACAUUAGGCCUAAUAUAGUUACUUGGAAUACUUUAAUUUCAGGGUUUGCACAGGCAGGAGAAGAAGAAAUGGUUUCAAAGGUAUUUGAACUGAUGCUCAUUAACGGUGUGGAGCCUGAUGUAUUUUCUUGGACUUCAAUUAUUUCAGGGUUGGUGAAGAAUUUUAAGAAUGAGGCUGCUUUUGAUACAUUUAAAAAAAUGUCGGACAGUGGGUUUUAUCCAAGUUAUGCUACAAUUAGCAGUAUUUUACCUGCUUGUGCAAGUAUGGGUAAUGUGAGGCUUGGAAGGGAAUUACAUGGUUAUGCGGUGGUGAUUGGAGUUGAAAAUGAUAUUUAUGUUAGCAGCGCGCUUGUCGACAUGUAUGCAAAAUGUGGCUUUAUAUCUGAAGGAAGGACUUUGUUUUAUAAAAUGCCUGUAAAGAACACAGCUACUUGGAAUUCGAUGAUAUUUGGGUAUGCAAAUCAUGGGUACUGCAGUGAAGCCAUUGAUCUUUUUAAUCAGAUGGAAGGAAAGAAGUUAGAUUACUUGAGUUUUGUGGCUGUGUUAACUGCUUGUAGCCAUGGCGGCAUGGUUGAACUUGGGAAAAGUUUGUUUCUUUUGAUGCAAGAGAAGUACAAAAUUGUUCCAAGAUUGGAGCAUUAUGCAUGUAUGGUUGAUCUUCUUGGUAGAGCUGGAAAACUAUCCGAGGCAUAUGAUACAAUUAAGACAAUGCCUAUUGAGCCUGAUUUAUUCGUUUGGGGGGCGUUAUUAGGGGCAUGUAGGCAUCAUGGGGAUAUAGAACUUGCUGAGAUUGCAGCUAAGCAUUUGGCUGAGCUUGAACCUGAUAAUGCUGGAAAUGAUAUGCUUCUGUCAAAUCUGUAUGCUGAUGCUGGCAGUUGGGAAAAUGUUGCGAGGUUUAAGAAGAUGAUGAAGAGAAAAAAGUUAAGAAAAUUUUCUGGGUGCAGUUGGAUAGACUCCUGAUUAAAUGUAAAUCUGAAAAAGGUUUUUUUUCCCUAAUUCUUGUUGGGUGCCUGUAGCAAUCAUUCAUUUCCAUUCGCAUUCCAAUUUCAAGGUGAGCUAUACGAAGCCCCGAAAGGGUAAACCAUUUAGCAGGAUCUGACGGGAGAGUGAAGAAUGUGAAGAAAAGUGAAAGUGUAAAUUUCAAGUCUGAAAGGUUCAGAUUUCUGGUAGCAAAGAUAUCAAAUUACAAGCCAAUAGCAUUUUGUAGCUUGUUAGAACAAUCUAUGAAAUCUCUGUAAACAUUGGAUGAU